AUGCAAAAGGCCCCGUUAUAUAUAACACACUGAUGUUCCUUUUAAGUGGUCUAUCACCGAGGAGCCCAUUAGGACAACCAAUCAAAGAGGCAAAAAGUUCGCUUUGUCAAUUGCAAAAGAGAAGAAACUGUAGGUCGACAAGGACACGCAUUUCGUUGCUUUCCCGAAUAGCAAAAUCGAAUCUUUUUCGAAAUUCCUACCUCACAUCAAAAACCGUAAAAAAUAACCAAAAAGAGACCAAAUAACAGUGCGCCAAGAAAUAUUAUGCCGGUCGCCCAGAAUCGCUCCGCUGCGGCGGAGCAGGCCGUUUCUCCGCCACGGAAAGGUGCCCGCCCCAAGAUGAUCAAGAUCAAUAGCAGUGCGGACUUCAAUUUCAUCACGACAGAGGACACUAUUGAUGCAGCGGCAUCGAAGAAGAUGCCACUAGUAGGCGGCGCACCUACAGGAGAGCAAUCCGCUCCAUCAUCUUCAGGUAGCUUUGGCUCAUGUUGUGGUCAGCGUGGAGCAGCAAAUUCUUCGUCGUCUUCAGGACCGCCAAUAACUGGCGAAAGUGCUUCGUCGUCUUCAGGACCGGGCCAGUCCUCCUCUUCCUCGUCUCUCAAAGCUAUCAUGUCAGCAUCAACGAUAGCGCCAAUAGAUUCAUCAGAAUUUUUAGCAUCCGAGAAGAAAGCAAUAACCCCCCUCUGGGCAUGUAAACUGCUCUACUUCCUCCAACUAGGAUGUACAGCGAGUCUAGUCCGGUUCCUUGUUGUGCUGUACACUGAUUUAGGCAUCGGACCGGAGUUUAUUGGCUAUUUGAUGUGCCUAGACCCGCUGAGUUGCUUCAUCGGACAGAUUUUUUGGGCCAUGAUCUGCGAUUGGAGUGGAAUCCAUAUUAAGGUGUAAUUGAUAGAUUUGAUUUUUCUGGUUCGCUGGUUGGUGGUAUAACUGUUCUUUAGUUAUUCCAAAACUGUUACAUCACGUUCACGCUCGUCACUACUUCCACCCUAUCUUCGUCAUGGAACUCAUGCUGCUCAAACAGGUCGUCCUCUCCAUCUCGUCCGCACUCGGCGUUGUAUUUUACCUGUGCCUCAAUGCGUACAAGGAUAGUUUGGCCAUGAUAUUUAUUUUCGUUGGAUUAGCAGCCUUCUGCAGAGCAGGGGCACAGGGGAUCCAGGACUCUCUCUGCUUGGGAGUGCUGAAACAACAUAAAGGUAGCACCCAACUUAAAGAUCGUAUCUGAUUUUCGAUGACAUUGAGGAGCGGAAUAAUACAAUAUCGAUCAGUAGUCAGACCAUCGACGCAACCCGCCACGCAAUCACAAACUCCCUACAGGCGGCGACGACAGUUACGGCGGGCAGCGCAUGUGGGGUGCUAUUGGAUGGGGAGUGAUGGCUUUUUUCACUGGAGGAAUGAUCGACGAGUACGGAACUGAUUAUAUGUUUUAUUCGUAUUCCAUUGGUACGUCGAUAUCAAUCGCAGUUUUAGUCUUUUUCUUCGCGGAUGACAGUGGAGAUGCAGUUGAUGCGCCAGUUGGUGGAGAGGGGAUGGCACACCCGACACCAGGAGGGUCGAUCGUGGCGAACUCAGCGUUGAUCAAGAGCUACAUUUAUGAGAGGCAGCUUGAAAUAAGUACCAUAACGUGGUGAUGGAUGCAAAAGUAUGAUUUUGAUUUCAGUGUGCCUACGCCCCACAGGUACAACCCUAUAUUAUGAUAAUGUCAGGGUUGAUUAACAGAGCCGUGGAUUCUACCGCAUCAGCCCUCUUGUUCCAAGACUUGCUAAUUCCCGCAAACUCCUGCCGCUCUCCGAAGACAAAAGCUAUUGCAGUUUAAGGCCUUGUGGUUUUUUGCGAAUCUCGUUAUGUACGGGAUGUGUAUGGCGAUGGUGGAGACCUUUCUCUUCGUCUACCUGGAAAGAGACUUUCAGCCCAAGGCGGAUAAGCUGUUGCUGGGUACUAUAGGCAUUUUAGAGGAACUAACAAUUGCGAGAAGUAGUAGCUUCUGCUCUGCUUCAGCCACACCCCAAAGAAAACGACGUCACCAGGUCUUUCGAUCGCUGUCAUGUGCCUUUUUGAGUUACCCGUCUUCUUCUAUUUCCAUCACGUCCUCGAAUACGUGUCGGAACGAACGGUCCUAGCCGGCUGCCACAUCGUUUUUGCACUGAGGUGUCUGCUCUACGUCUGCUUGCCACGGGAUUUUGUUUGGAGCGUUUUGAUAGUGGAGCCUCUGCAUGGCAUUACGUUUGCCGCGAUGUGGACAGCAAGCGUCCACUAUGCACAGCAAAAUGCGCCGAAAGGUGAGUUAUAGACUCUUGAAUUUAGCAUUGCUUGCCGUGGUAUGUAAUUUAGAGGACUCAGAAUUUGGAGGCGUUUGCAGUAGUAUCAAUCUGAACAUAGUUCGUCUGCAAUUAAAAGCUCUGAAAAAUUCUUUCCGCACGAAGAAACGAAAAAGGUUACGAAACUACUAUGCAAGCAGUCUGCAAUGGCCUGUAUCAGCAACUCGGCUUUUCAAUUGGUAGUAUCCUUUGGGGUCGUGUGAUUGACGUGUAUGGAUUUGACGUGGCGUAUUACUCGUGUGCUGCGGUAAUUCUGACGUGGUCAGCUGUCUGGUACGCAGGGUGGAAGAUUCACGAAGAGUCGCAAGUGAAGGAUAUGUCUCUGAGGCGGAAACUGUUGGCGAGGGAAGGCGAUGUAUUGGGAGGGGCGAAAGCGGUAGUUUAGCUCCGUCUAGGCAAGCGCAGAAACUGAUUCUUGGGUCAGAAAAAGCGAACAUUCCGCCACUGGAAGUUAUUUUCGAGGCUGCAUCGUGGUAUGAUCUUAUCAUAUCAAUAAGAGGAGAAUGAUUUCUCUCAUAUUACUGAGAUUAUCGCGCAACUCUGAUCGGUUUAGAAUUCGUAGUUUCUGCGCGCACAAUCUUGCUAUACACAGGUUAGAAUCACGCAUUUACAUUUUUUUUCUUACAUAGGUCUUCAUGGCGCUUCCCACCAUGUCAUAGUUUUGCCAGUAGGUGGAGCAACAUCAAACGGAUUUUUACGUUUCUUGCAUAGGUAAGUAGACAAAACGACACACAGCUGGCGAAGAACACGUUUUGUGCACAUCCCGCUGAAAUCAUCUAAAGAUCUAAAUGACACGAUCAUGUGGAAGCAGAUGACACAAUCUUAAUCAAAUGCACAGUAACCCUCCUGAUAUAGGCCAUAACUGCCUGCAGUUAGGUCUUUUCCAUAUUUAGUACACCAACGUCGAAUGGAACAUAACUAGCCACACUCGCUAAAAUGACAGCAACAUAGUCCUGCCACACAAGAUCAAGACAUAUAUGUAAGGACCUCGUCACGUUGAACUCCAUAGUCAUAACGACACGAUCACAGCGACAGCAUAUUAUAGGCGCAGUGAAGGCAAAUCGAUUUUUUAGAAACGGCCCAGGUAUUUUGUUUGCUCGGUAAAAGAAAGAUCCCGUGAAAGAAGGUUGGUUCCACGAUUUCAUUGUUCAACAACCGCACUCUGAUCAUGCCCUUUCAGAACAUGCACAGGUUAUUCUGAACCGUCUGAAAUUUAACUCGCCAGGAUCAUUACUAAAACUCUGCAACUGAGCUCAAGUAUCGACAAAACCUCGUUAAUACGGU